AUGUUCUGCAACUACCUAGAUUUGGAAAAAUCGUCGCUUUGCCUCGACAUUUUCCGACUUGGCAACCAAAGAAACUCAAAGGACAAUACCUGGGAAGAUGCAGAGAUAUCUCCUAAAGCAUCGGCGCCGGGAAGAAAGAUGGGUGAGGAAAGGAUGCCAACAUUGGAUUCCGACGUAGAAUCCUCCCACCAAGCUUCCUCUUCAACCAAAAAAUCAGAGGUCCAUCUCGUUCGAUCUGCUGUUUCGAUUCCUCUUUCGCCACCUCUGAUGAAUGUCGUUUGGGUUCUUGCGAUGAGGGUUUUGGGAUAUUUGUGA